UUUGAUGUCGGGAGUCCUCGUCUUGUCUGGAGCUCAAAUGAGAUGUUUGCUGUUUGUAGGAAACACUAGUUCUCUCGCACCCACCCGGAGGACGACACAACUUUUCCCUGCGCGGCUCCUCGAUGCGGCGGCACUUUGGAGACCUUUGCCAGCGAGGAGAUUGAAGACAAGUCGCCGUAGCUCCGCGUCUUCGGGGGUUGGUUUCCUGAGAGUUGUGCUGGUCGAAGCGCCCGCCGGGGGAGAGUCGACAUGCCUCAGCUCAGCAGCGGCGGCGGGGACGACCUGGGAGCCAACGAUGAGAUGAUCGCCUUCAAAGACGAGGGCGAACAGGAGGAGAAGAUACAAGAGAUCGAGCUGACGGAGCGGGACCUGGCUGACCUCAAGUCCUCGCUGGUCAACGAGUCGGAGACGAGUCAGAAUCCGAGUGCGGCGGCGGUCAGACGGGGACACCAGGGCGAGCAGAGGGGCUUUCCGGACAAACACCGGGAACAUCUCGACGGCGUGUCCAGUAAGCAAGAUAGAGGCAUGUACAAGACGCCGGCGUACCCGGGGUACCCCUUCCUGAUGCUGCCUGACUCCUACAUCCCCAACAGCUCAGUCUCUCCACCUUCGAACAAGGUGUCGGUGGUCCAGCAGUCUCACGGGAUGCACCCGCUGACCUCCCUCCUGCCCUACAGCAACGAGCACUUCAGCCCCAGCCCGCCGCACCUGCCCACAGACAUGAGCCAGAAGACAGGCGUUCACAGGCACCAGUCCCAGGAGCUCUCGGGCUACUACUCCCUCCCUCCAGGCAGCAUGAGCCAGAUCACUCCCUCCAUGAGCUGGUUCUCCCACUCCCUCAUGCUGGGUCCGUCCGGCAUGCACCCCACGGGGAUCCCACACCCGGCCAUCGUCCCGCCCACGGGCAAACACGAGCACGACCAGUAUGACAGAGGCAUGUACGGGAAGCAGCAGGUGGAGGUCAAGCGCGAGAAGGAGCCCAAGAAGCCGGUCAUCAAGAAACCGCUGAACGCCUUCAUGCUCUACAUGAAGGAGAUGAGGGCAAAGGUCAUCGCAGAGUGCACGUUAAAGGAGAGCGCCGCCAUCAACCAGAUCCUGGGACGGAGGUGGCACGCGCUGACCCGAGAGGAGCAGGCCAAGUACUACGAGCUGGCCAGGAAGGAGAGACAGCUCCACAUGCAGCUCUACCCCACCUGGUCUGCCAGAGACAACUACGAGGCGGGCCUUAGCGGGGUCGCAGGGGAAAAGAAUAAAGCCGAUUGGGGCAAGAAGAAGAGGAGGAAACGAGAGAAGCAGCAGGACUCCAACACAGACCCGGGUUCUCCUAAGAAAUGCCGAGCUCGCUUCGGUCUCAACCAACAGACGGACUGGUGUGGUCCCUGCAGGAGGAAAAAGAAGUGCAUUCGCUACCUUCAAGGAGGAGGCUGCCUCAGUCCAGCUUCUUCAGAUCUAAGUGCUAUAGACUCUCCCCCGUCUCCUCCCCCCUCGCGACAUCACCAGCAGCCCGCCUCCCCCCCGUCCAAACGCUCGCCGCCACACUCUCACACACACCGUGAACUGACAGGGAAGCAGACGCACAACUCCACGGCGGCGUUAUCCGCCGCCAAAACUGCCGGACUGUCGCUCAAAGUUCUGAUGGAGACUCAGUGACCCCGCCCCUCUCCUCUGUCGCCGGGACCGACUUCUCUCACCUUCAUGGACGUCACGUCCAAGCCGGGACUUUUUCCAGUUGAUUUUUAAAGCGUUUUUAACUGUGAAACUCACGACAAUCAAAAUCGUUUUUUUUAAACCUUUGCGUUACAAAAAACUCGGGGGGGACAGUCGACCGCGCACCGCGUCCCGAUCCUCACAACGUUCUGGCACUUCGGCGCCUCCUGCUGAACCAACAUUUCCAACUCUUCCGUUGCUGGAGAAAAGACGAGGGGUUUUAUGGUUAUUUUGAUUCCCCAGUGUUUGACUGAACCUUUUUGCAGCUCUGUAAACUAAACUGAGACCAAAUGUGUUGUAAAGUUUUUUGUUUUUUUUUUUAUAUAAAUGUCAGGAUUCUGUUCAACCUUUAUAUGUUUGUGUAAAAAAGAAAAUCAAGAAAAAUGAUUCAGAUAUUCAUAGAGCAAUACGACGUCGCGUUUUUACAUUUGUGGAUUCCUGUCGUUCACAUGUUCACUGCAUGUUCCAUCGUGUUUUUUUAACUUGUUUCGAUGCGCCAAAUAUUUUGUACAGCAACUCGCCAGCUGAUGGUACUAUUGUGCUAGCUUGGCUUGGUCCAGUUCCUUUUUUUUUUUUACAUCUCAACUGUUGUAUUUCUUGUUUUUGUUUGUAAUAAAUUGUUUAAAUAUCCUGUUGAGGCUGUUUAAAGUCGCAGAUUUUUGGUUAUGAUGAACGUUAUUUGCGGCUAGAGUUGCUAGUGAUGGGACAGUCUGGGGCCACCAGAUGGCACUGUCAGCUGUAUAGUGUGUGGACUAGAACAAUUGACGUCUCACAGCAUGUCGAAACAAAGAACGCCCUCUAGUGGCCUAUGAAAAUUGGGAUUUUGUUUCAUGAUGCCUGAUCAAGGCUUCAGUUUCCAAAGGUGCGCCACCUACUGACAAGUUUUGCCCAGUCAUGAACCAGCGUCACAGAAGAAGCUUUUAUAGACUUUAUUUACUCCUUCAGUUUAUCAUCUUAAAAGUCAACAGUUUGUGUGCAACACUUCCUGAUUCAGUACAACAUGAACGAGGAAUCAACACCAAGUUUAAAAAAAAAAAAAAGUUAAAUGAGCAGAAACUAUUAACCCGUCAGAAGCCGCGUGACAUUUUUGUGGGUCCAAUCUCAAAAGGAAAGCAAGGAAAGGGUCGACAGAACCGGGUGCCAUGAAAGCCAGACGUUCAUUCACGACACGGGUUUGUGUGGAAACCAGGUUUAUUUAAAUAAGAGCGCCACACAGGCCAGUUAAAAGGGUCAUGCUAGCGAGGAGAGGAGGGCGUCUAAAGAUACUAAAUAUUAACAAGUAUGAACAACACCAGUGCAGCAGUCUCGGCGCCGUCGCUUGAGCGGGGUCAGUGUGGGCAGCCUCUACUUCUCUUCGCACCACUGGUUCUCUUUGCGUACCUGCGGGAGGGAGACAACAGUCAGGGUGCGUCUUCAGGACUGAACCUCCAGCGAUACGGGGCG